AAAAGGACGAUGCUGGCCAACGGCUCUCUGAGUGGUGUAGUUUAUGCGGGGGGCUCAGCCAGCACGCAAACAGAGAGAGAGAGAGAGAGAGACAGCGAUGUGGUCGGGGGACGCCGUAUCCUCUCCCCGACCUCUCCUCCGCUCGAGAGCUCUCCGGGGAACGCCUCUCUUCCCGGUUGACCUCCGCCUCGCCCCGUUCUCCUCCGUUCCCUCCCUACUCCUCCGGAAAGCCUCGCCCAUCUCGCCUCCCGCGCGCCUUCUCCGCCCGCGCGGCGUGCGCACCGCGCAGGCGGCGCUGAUGCAGGAUAGCGGGGCCACGGCCCUCGUCUUGGCCGGCGCCUACUCCCUCGUCCGCGCCUUCGAUACCCUCACCGAGCGGAACCUCAUCGAACGGAGCUUGAGUAGAAAGGUCGUCCAUGUAUUAUCAGGGCUUCUCUUCAUGUCCUCCUGGCCAAUUUUCAGCUCUUCAACUGAGGCACGAUAUUUUGCUGCAAUUGUUCCUCUUGUAAAUUGCAUAAGGCUUGUUACUUAUGGCCUGCGUAUUUUCACCGAUGAAGGCCUAAUCAAAUCAGUUACUCGAGAAGGAAAACCUGAGGAACUGCUUCGAGGUCCUCUUUAUUAUGUCAUGGUACUGAUGUUUUGUUCCGUGGUCUUCUGGCGUGAGUCACCUGUUGGUGUUGUGUCACUGGCUAUGAUGAGUGGUGGUGAUGGAUUUGCUGAUAUUUUGGGGAGAAGGUAUGGAGCAACAAAGCUUCCUUACAACAGGCAGAAGAGUUGGAUCGGCAGCAUUUCGAUGUUUAUAUUUGGUUUCCUCUUCUCCAUUGGGAUGCUCUACUACUUUUCGGCACUUGGGUGUUUCCAUUUGGAUUGGAACAAGGCAGUCGAGAGGGUAGCUGUGGUUUCUUUGGCAGCUACUGUGGUGGAAUCUCUCCCUAUUUCUGACUUUGUAGAUGAUAACAUUUCUGUUCCUUUGACAUGUAUGUUGACAGCCUCUCUACUUUUUGGUUCCCACUGAGCUACUGCAGUCUUCUAGUUCAGAUUUUAAAUUGAAGUUUAUACCAUUCAUAAUGAUUAUUUAUACUGAUCUA